UUAUUGCGGACAUAUUAGAAUAAUGCCUGAUUUAGCUAACUUGUUUGUUUCUGUUGGCCUUACUGAACAAAAAGCAAAGGAAACAGUGAAAAACAAGAAUGUAUCAGCUACUUUCGUGGAAGCAAUUGAUUUGGCAAAGAAGUCCUGUGAGGUUGACAAGUCCAUUGGAGGUCUUCUUUACCAAAUCUCCACUCGUUUGAAACACAAAGAACAUCUUCCGGUCAUAGUUAAGUUCGUGGCGGGCAAGAAAAUAAAAACAGAGAUCCAGUUAAGUUGCGCUCUUGAUUAUCUGAAGAACAAUCCCUCCAUACCUGUGGAUGAGCAAAAGUUCUCCGAUGCAAGCGGGGUGGGGGUGGAAAUAUCUCCCGCACAAGUGGAGGAAGUGAUUGAAAACUUGGUGAACGAAAAUAAAGCUGAGCUUUUAAGCCAACGUUACCGCUUUAACACUGGAAAAAUCUUGGCCACGGCUAGAAAACUUCUUAAAUUUGCCGAUGGACGAAUCGUAAAGAGUGAGCUUGAUAUGCAGAUUCUAGAUUUGCUUGGUCCAAAAACUGAGGCAGAUUUUGGACCUGUAGCUAAAGGAAAGAAAGAGAAGAAGGAAAAAAGUGGGAGCAAGAGUGGGAAGGAAGAGGAGCAACAAUGGGAGGAUAGGAGUCUGAUGGAGCAGUUGAGAGGAGCUGCUUUAAAAUUCCACAAACCGGGUGAAAAUUAUAAAACUGAAGGCUAUGUAAUCACUGAUAACACGAUGAGAUUGAUGGGGGAACAUCUUAAAAUCACUGGAGGGCAGGUUAGAACGAGAUUUCCACCAGAGCCAAAUGGAAUCCUUCACAUUGGUCAUGCCAAGGCGAUCAACUUUAACUUUGGUUACGCGAAAGCAAACGACGGAAUCUGCUUCCUUAGAUAUGAUGAUACAAACCCAGAAAAAGAGGAAGAAAAAUUCUUCACCGGGAUUUUAGCAAUGGUUAAGUGGCUUGGAUACACCCCUUACAAAGUGACCCACGCAUCAGAUUAUUUCCAAGAGUUAUACGACCUUGCUGUUGUGCUUAUCAAGAAGGACUUGGCUUAUGCUUGUCAUCAGAAAUAUGAAGAAAUCAAAGGAAUUAACCCUCCACCCUCUCCAUGGAGGAAUCGACCAAUCUCGGAAUCUCUUGCUCUUUUUGAGGACAUGAGAAAGGGGAAGUUGGAUGAAGGGAGCACCACCAUCCGGAUGAAACACAUCAUGGAGGAUGGAAAACAAGAUCCCGUCGCUUAUCGGAUCAAAUUUACUCCUCAUCAUAGAACUGGGGAUAAAUGGUGUAUCUACCCGACUUACGACUUCACGCAUUGCCUCUGCGAUAGUUUAGAACAUAUUUCUCAUUCUCUUUGCACGAAGGAGUUCCAAGCCAGGCGUUCAAGUUACUUUUGGUUGUGCAAUUCGGUUGAUGUAUAUUGUCCUGUGCAGUGGGAAUAUGGGCGUCUUAAUUUGCAAUACACAGUUGUGUCCAAGAGGAAGAUUCAGAAGUUGAUUGAUGCAGGGAUUGUGAGGGAUUGGGACGAUCCUCGACUUUUUACUCUCACUGCUCUUAGAAGAAGAGGAUUUCCUCCAGAGGCGUUGAACGAUUUCUGUGCCAAGGUUGGGGUAACUGGCAAUCUUUGUAUAUUGGAACCCACCAUGUUGGAGUCAUGCGUGAGGACAACUCUUAACAACACAGCACCAAGAGUGAUGGCCGUGUUGGAUCCUCUCAAGAUCACCAUCACCAACUUCCCAAGUGAUGAGGGAUCAAUCGAGAUCAAAGUUCCCAACUUCCCUGCUGAUGAAUCGCGAGGACAUCAUUCAUCCAACCUCACCAAGUCCUUAUAUAUUGAAAGAACAGAUUUCAUGGAUAUUGCAGACAAAAACUACAAGAGGUUCGCAUCGAAUCAGAGCGUCGGGUUACGUCAUGCAGGUUUGGUUCUCACGCUUGACCGAGCAGUGAAAGGAGACAACGGUGACGUCACUGAGCUCAUUGUGACGUGUAAAUCGGUUGAAGAAUCCCCGAAACCAAAAGCUUUUAUCCACUGGGUGUCAGCAACGAGCAGUCUGGCAUGCGAGAUUCGCGUGUACAGCAGAUUAUUUAAGCACAAAAACCCGGAGGACCCAGCAGUGGUUCCAGGCGGUUUUGUGACGGAUUGCAACUCCAAUACACUGACGGUUAACACUGCUGCGAGGGUGGAAGCGUCGGUUAAAAAUUCCAAAGUUUUCGACAAAUUUCAGUUCGAGCGACUUGGUUACUUCUGUGUGGAUCCCGAUACUAACGAUAACAAGAUUGUUUUUAACCGCACCAUCCCACUGAAAGAGGACCCCGGUAAAAACUGAACUUCCGGUCGCGUAUACGUCAUUUUGUGACGUAGUUAUGACAUCAUCGUAUGUAGCACAAACCAGAAGAUAUUUUUUGUUUAGGGGAAUUUUUGCGGUGACCUAAUAAAAUCUAUGACAUGUUA